UGCAGCAAAACACUGUGCAUCGUCGACCUCAAUCACACAUUGAAAUAGGCUAAAUUAGCUAGCUAGCUAAUUGACCAAAGCUCAACGGGGUGAGGAGAGAUAAGUAUCUCAAGCUAACGUAACCUAGCUAGCUUAGCUAAAUUAACAGUUCUGUCAUUUUCGCCGGUCAAUAAGCAUUAAAGGGCGAACUGUGGACUUUGUGCGUGGGAAGAAUCUCUUGCUACCGUUAGUUGUCAGUGGUUAGCUAGUUGUCUUUCGUUUCGAGGUCAUCCUCACCAGUGUGUAUCGAGUUAGCUAACGUUACAGCAAGCUUUUUGGAGUCUGUAAGCUUGACUAGGUAGCUAACAAUUUAGCUAACUAACGUUAGCUGAAAGUCGUCUUCAGUUGGAAAAGACCAGACAUGAAGAGUCUUCCAUAUUUCUGCCGGGGGGAAGUCGUUCGAGGAUUCGGGCGAGGAAGCAAAGAACUAGGGAUUCCCACAGCCAACUUCCCAGACUCUGUGGUGGAGCACCUGCCUGGCGACAUCAGCACAGGGAUCUACUAUGGCUGGGCGUGCGUGGACACCGGAGACAUCCACAAGAUGGUGAUGAGCAUCGGCUGGAACCCCUACUACAAGAACACCAAGAAAUCCAUGGAGACUCAUGUGAUCCACACGUUUAAAGAAGAUUUCUAUGGACAGAUCCUCAGUGUAGUCAUGGUGGGCUACAUCCGUCCAGAGAGGAGCUAUGACUCGCUUGACGCCCUUAUAGCAGCGAUCAACAAUGAUAUUGAGGAGGCCAAAAGAAAGCUGGAGCUCCCAGAACACCUCAAACUCAAAGAGGACAACUUCUUCAGAGCCUCCGCCAGCACGUCCAUGACGACGUCCAACAAGAUCAUGAAUGGCCACUGACCUCUAAUCACAUCACACAACAUGUUGUUCACUCUCGCGUUGCUCAUCACUCGGUAAAGUCAGUGUCACAAGUAUGCAUCCAAAUGUAAUUUUUCUCUAGGCCUAUUUACCUGGCCGGCAGAGGCCUUGCUUGUAUUUGUUUAGUGUGGUGCAAACAUGAACCACUGAAGUUAGGGAGUGCCUCAUCAAAAACAGCCAAGUGAUUUCCCAACACUGCUUUGGGUGUUUUCCAUGGCAGUUGAAUGACUGGAUGGUUGACAACUAAUGGGCUCGCCUGUCUGUUAUCCUCUAUGCUAUGUCCUGUCUUUCUCUCUGUAAACACUACCACAGCAAGGGCCAAUAUAUUACUUUUUCAAUCCUCUGUAGAGAUUUGUUGUGAGCAUCAAAUCUGGGUAUCAUUGUAUCCGACCUGACCUGAAGCUACAGUAGACCACGGUCGUGUUCAUUAGGGCACACAACCAAAAACACUUCAGAAUUGGACAAGUUUGGUGCCUAACGAACACAAUCCUGAUAAUGUGCAACUCUAGGAAGUGAAUGAUCUUAAUGCGUGUUGAAAGGAGCCCUGUACCACCAUAUCCACUGCUAAGGGUGGCAGGUAGCCUAGCGGUUAGAGCGUUGGGCCAGUAACUGAAAGGUUGGUGGUUCGAAUACCCGAGCAGAUAAGGCACCCGUCUGCUGCCUUUGCUCAAGGGACGCUGUACGACUAUGGCUGUCCUUGUAAAACACUUCACUGCAUCUAUCCAGCGUCUGUGACAAUAAAACAUCCUAUUAAAAUUAAUGGUCAUUUUGUAUUGGUUUAGAAUUGGGGUUUAGUCUCAUGACUUUGCACUCAGUUUAUUCCUCCUUUUCAUAUUCCGGUGUAUUCAAAAGGUCUGCCUUGAAGCAGAGAAGUCCUCAAUAUAUCUUGCAUUUGAUCUAGGCUAAAUAGUUGCAUUAUACACAGCACUGAAUUCAUGUGUAUUAUUUUAUUUGAGAAACUGAAGUUAUUUGACCUACGCAAACUGCAUGGUUGGCUAAAGACAAAUGCAGCUUCAGUUUUCUGAUGUUCUUAAUUUGUAUAGUUCCUCAUUGGUCAAAUCCAGUAUUCUCCCUCCCCAGCAAUGAGGGCCAUUUAUUUAACACUAAAGAUUUGUCAGAAAAAUAAAAAAUGGUGCCACUUAACUGUCUGUUGAAAGUUUCCAGAAUUUAGUUUUUACUGACUUAACCUUGUCAUAAUCUUAACCUUGUGUUUGGACCCUCAUUCCACUGAGAUAAGCACUGAUAUGGUACAAGAGAGGACUGAAGCCUUGUUAACACUGCAGGCCUUAAUGCUCAAAGGAUAAGAUGAUCCAACUUUCAAAAGUCUUUUUUGGCUAGCCACAGCAGUCAAUUAGCUAGCUAGGUAGCUCUUUAGCAUUCUAGCACAUUCAUUCAUUUGUUUGUAAACAAUUAACAAGCUAGUUAGCUACAUGCUUUUGUCAAAACUGUCAAACGAGUAGUUGGCAAGCAACAAGACAUACCAAAUAAGUGUUAAAAAACACAAGGGCAAGUACAUCAGAUUUGACCGUUCAGACACAAGUUGCAUGGCCAGGAAUCAGAUUUGUAUCUGUGGCUUCAAAUAUCUGAUUCCAUGUGCUUUUUGGCUGUUCCGACUACAGGAAAAAGAUCAGAUUUCAAAUCAGAUAUGCAAAAAAAAAAAGGAUUUGAGUCACUUCAAACUGCCAAUAUGAACAAGGCGUGAGUCCAAGGUUCUGAUUCUCUGCAGAUGGAUGCGAUGGGAAUAUGUGCGUUUUCUUUCCUUGUCAUUUCUUCAGAGUGUCGAGCAUACGUACGUAGUGCUUAAUAAUAAGUUGUUCAAAAUGAAUUGUGAGCUAAAGUGAUUUGAGAUUUAAUGUAUUUAAGAGAGGCUAAUUUUGGCAGAGGAAACAAUAUGGCUGUUGUUUAUAAUAUAUUAAUGUUUUCGUAGACCAAAUCUGUGAAUAUGAUUCUAUAUUCCCCGUCCCUACCCUCCAAGUUCCCCUCUUCAGAUUUUGAGCUUUGUUCCUUUAAAUAAAUCAUGGCCUUUUUAUUGCAGGCGACCUUAAAUUCCCCCUCACCCAUACCCAGAAAAUGUAUUGGGGUAAGUAAUUGAUAUGCAUAAGUAAAUGUGUACAAUAUUAUUCAACAAUGACGUUUUGAAAGAUAUGCAAUAUGGGAUGAGAUCAGUCAUUAUAGCAUUUAAAAGUCCAGAGGGAAAGUUUUCCCUGGGUUAGUUUAUGGUUACGGUUUGGUUAGAACAUGGACUCAGAGCACCAGUUGUAGAAGAGGGAUUUGUCUUGUGUUCCCCAGACCUAUAUGCCUGACUGGUUAGCAGUACUAUGCCUUAGUACCACAGAAGGACAUUGACCAACAUAUACAUACGGUUUCCCAUAAACAUACUUAGCAGAAUCUGUGUUAAUGUAAACCCAGUGUUCUCCAUUGUCUGUCUAAUCUGACUUUCCCUGUCAUUAGCCUGUGCAGUGUUUCCCAAACUCUGUCCUGGGGCCCCCCGGUACACUUAUCAUGCAGUGCUAGCUAUUGCCUUAGUACUGUAGUCAUGGGCGGCUCCUGGGAGGGGCAAGACUGUGCUGAAGCCCCCUCAAGCAUAGCACCCCCAGGAAAGAUUGUAUUAGGACAUGCACACCAAAUAUUACAGGCACCCCUACACAAUGGCCAAGCUACCCCUGUGAAACAUUUUUGGUGCCACCACUGACUAGUUAAACCUACAAUAUACAGUAAGCAAACACAUGACUCGAAGGGCCAUUCUAAUGUUUCUCAGUCUGUAAUGGUAUUACUCUGAAGGCUAGGGUCGUGUUCAUCAGGUCAGUUUGUAGCUGAUUUAUUAACAUGUUUUGAUCUAUGUGGAUCUUCAUCUGGUCAGACCCCUACACGAUUAAACUACAGCUUUGUGGGAUUGUUUGUGUCCUUUAUGUACAUAACUGUCAGAUGUUCUAUACAUCAGUGCAGCUAGAAGCUCUCAUUGAACUGUCAAAACAACAUGGCUUAUAUUUGAUAAAGGACUAUGCACUAGUGUUGGAUUAGGCAACUGUACUCCUCGUAGGCAUCUGGUAGUAAUACUAGUAGGCUUGCUCUCCAGUUUGGCACCAAACCACAACCACCACCCUGAGCCAACAUGAUCUCAUAUUAAACAAGGGAACCAUCUAGAUCAGUCGAGACCAUGCUUAGUAGAAUCAGACAAUGUCAUUAACCAGGGUCAUCUGCUUCUUCUCCCACUAGUCUUCCACUUUUAUUCUGCCUUUAUUUCUUUAUGAAGAGUGGGAUGGCAGAAUGGCCUGUUCCCAAAAAUUUGCUUUAGCUGGCUAAGCCGCCUCCUUGUAAAUUAUUUAUAUGCUUUCCAAGUAACUCAUGGAUUUACCCAACCUCCGAUACAAAAUGUUAUUCUGUAGUCCUUUCAGCUGUGAUUGCAUACAUUUGACUGCUUUUGUAUGUAAGAAAAAUCAUGCAAUUCUGUAAUUAUUGAUGAAGCAUCAUGUCAUAGCUUUGGAUAAAUAAUUGUAUUUGUCUUAUCCCAGUUAACCAUUGGUCUCUGUUCAGGGACCAGUCGUAUGUGUUGGGCUCAUUCAAAAUCAUUCUGUCUGCUGCUGUAUGAUCCUGCUUGAAGUUUUAUUCUUAUUAAACAUGUUCAAAGAUG